AUGGGAGCAAGAAAUAACCCCAAAGAUUGCCUUAAUAACCCCGAAUUAAAGAAAGAUCUUCCUGAAUUAUGUAUAGCCAAUUUGAAAGCAUUUAUGGAUUGUAAGAAUGGUAUGUUUGAUAUGCGUAAAAGAAUGAAGGGAAAUGCACCACUUUCGACCGGGAAAUAUGAUGAGAUUUAUGAAAAGUUAUCCACUGGUAACUUUGACCCUCAUGAAGAAAUGAGAAAGUUGGAAGUCUUGAAUAGGAAUUUAUCAAAGCAGAAGCAACUACAAGAAGAGAAAGAAAAAGCCAGAAUAUCUGGACAAUUUUAG